AAUGCGCUUCUUUAAUUCCAACUCGAGUGAGAAAACUAAAAUAAUCGGCCCGUGGAUCCCCCUCCGCCGCCGCCGGGAGACCGGGAUCGUGACGAGGGCGCGGGGCACAUGGCGGCGGCGGCCGCGUUGCCAUGGGGAGGCGGCUCACCGGCGUGGAUCGACGUGCCGGAGGGGAGCAAGAGCGCGUUCAUGGAGCUGAAGAGGAGGAAGGUACACCGGUACGUGAUCUUCAAGAUCGACGACAGGAGGGAGGAGAUCGUCGUCGAGAAGACUGGUGCGCCGGGGGAGAGCUACGACGACUUCACGGCGUCGUUGCCGGCCGACGACUGCCGCUACGCCGUCUACGACCUGGAUUUCGUCAGCGAUGAUAACUGCAGGAAGAGCAAGAUAUUCUUCAUCUCCUGGUCUCCUUCUGAUUCGCGCAUCCGUGCAAAGACCAUAUACGCCGUGUCAAGGAAUCAAUUCCGCCACGAGCUUGAUGGGGUGCACUUCGAGAUUCAGGCAACUGACCCUGAUGACAUGGAUUUGGAAGUUCUCAGGGGCCGUGCUAACAGAACCUGAUCACUUGACUUCGCCAGCAGCUAGCUUGAUGAUAAUAUACACUGGUAGCUCAAAACGCCUAGUGUGCUACUGAAAUGCAGCUCGGGUGUUCUGAUGUGAGGCAUGAUGUAGAAGUAGGCUGCUGAUCACACCCGAGCAUGCAAUGUUUCUUUUCCUUUCUUCUCUUUUUUGAGAUAGCGCUUUGUGCGAUGUUGUCGUCUAACUAGAUAAGUUCCCUCUAAUACGAUGUGGAAACUUCUCUAUUUUACAUCUAAUUGUCUACUAUGUAAUACCUUUCUGUUGCUAAGUCAAUUUGUGUUUCAUUGAGUUUCAA